AUGAUUAAAGAGAAACUACCAAAGAGAUUCAGCAAACUAUUAAGGUACUCGGUGGCUUUUAGCUGCAGGCUCUCGCCGCCUCCCAAAACAUAUGCAGAGUUGGAUUAUAUACUUCGAAAUUUGCAAUCACUAGCAACAGUUGAGUUAAUCAGAAGCACUCCACUCGAUUCAAAGGAGUUAGUACGAUCUGGGUUUUGGAUCAAUAUACUAUAUAACCCUACAAGCACCCAUAGUAUGUUUCUGCCGAUACUACUGAAAGACGAGGUACUCAAUAAUGCAAGGGGAGAGAAUUAUUCAGAUGAAAAACAAAAAGCUCUACAAUCGAAGUUGCUACUGAAGUUGGGGAAAUUGAUUGCGAUCCCUCGAUAUUCGUUUUAUUGUGAUACACUAGCAAAGAAUGAUGACCAGCCAUUUGUGUUUCGCCAUUCUUUGAAAGCAGGUGCCGAGAAGUUUGAAGGUUAUUAUAAAUUAACAACUGGCACUAUGGAUAAACCAUUAAUUUCAAUCGCCGAGUGUGAAGCCCCAUGCGACAAACGACUGUUGAGAAGUUCAAUACUUCACAAUUUUAAAUUAUUUCACAAGUUCGAUAAGGUAGAGCUUUUCACAAAUAGAGAAAGAAAUCUAUCAAAGGUAUUUAUAAAUGGACUGUGA